AGAAAACAUUCAUUUAAAUAAAUAUUUGGACCUCCAUUUUAUGAUGUUUAUAACACAGACGCCCAUUAAAGUACCCAGUUGUCCUCAACACCAUGAAGAAGAAUCUUCUUAUUUUUAUAGUCAUAUCGAUCCUGAGUCUUCAGCUUUUGGCACAAGAUGUUAAAAAUGCAACUACUGAAACACCAACCAAAAAAUCUGAUGUAACAACAACAAUAAGGAUAAAUUCAGCAAUAUUUGAAAACAGUACUGAAGAUAAAAAAAACUUAACGUUACCAACUUCAAUUGGAAGUAGUAUUGUGAUUACAACACAAAAUGGGACAAGCAGUCUUAUUGUUUCGGAAACAACUUCUUCAUCCAAUUCAGUUGAAGAUUAUAAUAUGAGUACAUCAGCAACCAUUCAAGAACGAAAUUCUUCUUUACUAAGUAAUGAAAAUGUAACAAACAUUUCUAUAAUUUUGAGUGCAACUUCAGCAACCAUUCAAGAACGAAAUUCUUCUUUACUAAGUAAUGAAAAUGUAUCAAACAUUUCUAUAAUUUUGAGUGCAACUUCAACAACCAAUUCGCCUUCACCAAGUUCUGAGUUCGUCACAAGUAUUAAAACAACGAAUGAAAAAAAUUCUUCUUCACCAAAUAUUGAAAAUGUAACAAGCAGUUCCAUACUUUCGAAUACAACUUCAACAACCAAUUCUCCUUCACCAAGUUCUGAGUUCGUCACAAGUAUUAAAACAACGAAUGAAAAAAAUUUUUCUUCACCAAGUAUUGAAAAUGUAACAAGCAGUUCCAUAAUUUCGAAUAUAACUUCAAUAAUCAAUUCUCUUUCACCAAGUUCUGAGAUCACAACUUCUAUCGUAAUAAGCAAUUCAUCAGUUUCGGAAACAACAAGGGAAAAUUCAACCGUUUCAUCAGUUGUUACACCUGAAACAAACAGUAAUUCAGGAGUAUUACUGUGCCAUAGUAAAAACUUAAUUUUUAUUGUUGUAAUAUUAUUGACGAAGAAUUUACAAUGAGUAAAAAAUAAAAAUAAAAUUUUC